AUGUCUGACGGCAUCCACACCUACACUGGGCCUUGGAUCAACUGGUCCGAAGGUGUAAUCCGUGGAGCCACAUUGACCUUGUCGCAGAAGCAGGCAGGAGUCCUGAGUGCCUUUCUGGCCAUCCUCGUUUCCUUUGCUGGGACCUUGUUUUGGAGUAUUCUAAGCUUUGUCAUUCAUCAGGCCUAUACCACGGAACCGACAAAAGGCCAAGAUGCACUGCACUCCCAGCGCCAGAUCAUUCUCCGCAACAAGACCGCAGCCGGUGCAGCUUGGGCUUUGAUCAUGCUGCCAUUUGAGAAUGGUCGAACAGCAUCACGAGUCAAGGCCAUUGGACGGUCCCUACCAUUGGCGGUAUUGGCGAUUCUCAAUAUCCUUCUGUUCAGUGUGUCUGGUCUGUUUACAAGUUACAUCACCAAGACCGCUGGCAAGUCCACAAUCAUCGUCGGCCCAGGUUGUGGGGGGUUCACAUAUAACACCUCAGAUUCCAUCGUAAACUCAAAAUCGUUGCAGGAUACCUACGAAGCCGCGACCUAUGUCCGUCAAUGUUAUCAGGGGAGUCCAUCGGGGCUCAUAUGCGGGACAUACGCCCGCCCAAGCAUACCGUUUACCACGAAUCAGAACGCGUCCUGCCCUUUUGCAUCCGAGCUGUGCGCUUACAACGAUCGAUCGGCCUUUGAAAUGGACACCGGCCUCCUCGAUUCGCAGGCAGACUUUGGCAUCAACGCGCGGUCAAAAGACCGGAUUAAGUUCCGUCGGGUGACGACUUGCGCACCAGUCAAACAUGGAUCCGGCCUAGGGACAGUCCAAAACGACUCGACAUACGGUGAACUACUCUAUAUUAAUGCUGGAUUAAAAUACUAUAUGGGCCAACCGUAUACAAACUACACCUUCAUAUACACUCCGAGCCCGCAGGUGGAUGGAAUAGGGUACACCCUGAGCACCGUCUUUUCCAAAGGCGACCCCACGGGCCUCCUGAUGACGACUCGAACAUGGGUCCCAGAUUCAAGGAUCAAUCAAACCGACGCCGACAUUACUAUGAUGAUGCUGAAUCAGAACGGUGUCAUGUACUUGCAACCGAGCUAUGAUCCCUGGAUCACAGCUGACGUUGAGAAUAACCUCAGCGUGGAGAACACGACAUACAGUAAGACACUGUGGUCAAAGAGCUAUGAGGCAAAUCUUCUGGUGUGUGUGGACCAGUAUCAGGUAUGCAACCCAAGCAGGUCUGGUGAUUCCGGCUGCACCAAACUUGGUAGCCAGAUGAGUACAUUCCUGUCUGCUUUUGAGACUGAUGGUGCUACUCCAAUUUUGGGGUUCAACCUGCGCCAGCUUACAACUGUCGCCCGGUUCCUCUCUGCAAACACUGACCGGAGUAUGUUUUCCAACGUGAAUGGACGAGGAGGAGCUGCUUUGAACGCGUCCAUGAUGGCCUACCUGAAUCUUAAUUCAUAUAUUCCACCGAACCAAUGGCAGACUGAGGUAUGGACAUGGUUUGCCACCUCGUUGGCUAAGGAGCAAGCUUGGGCCUUUGAAUGGGCAACUGAACCAAAGAAUCUCCCUGCCGAGUCGCUUGGUCAGGGGUGGAAUGUCACUCCUCCUAUUAAUGAGGCUGCCCGUUAUGCAUGCCGGAAUCAACUGAUGAACAAUGCCUCGGGAUAUGAAAACUUUUCCAUCCUUGGGCUGGCUCUCGCACUCAUUGUCUGCGGCCUCAUUGUGAUUUUUGGGCUCACAGUGGAUGCCGUAGUGGGCUGGCUGCGACGUGGAAAGACCGUUUACAAGCGGGAUCAGUGGGCAGUAGAGGAGACAUUGGCGCUGCACAAGGCAGCGUAUACAAACCUCGGGCUUUGGCGGGACAAUGGAGAGGAAAUGCCUUCGAGUUCAAUCCUUUUGAGCAACUCAACCCAGACUAUUCCGCAUGGAGCUGAGCUGGACGCAGAAGGUGUUGGCACAGGAAUGAAGCAUGGGUAUGCCGUUGUUGGGCACGAAGUUCAAUGA